AUGCUGAAGAGCCUUGAAGUUAAAGGGUUAUUUCCAAGCCUUCGUCCUCUAUUUUGUAGUUCAGCAUCUUUGGACUUAGUAAUCAAACGGUCCACGGACUGGAAGUGGAAGAGAAGGACUAGCAGCAGUUCGUGGCGAUGGGCGAAAUUUAGUUCAGGGCCUAUUUUAGGGUUUUCGUUGGUUACUACUAUCAAGGACUUGUUAGGCCAAAAGCCUUUUGUACUGGAUGAAUCGGAAAUAAAAGACAAAGUCAAGAAAGCAUGGCUUGCUAGAAGAAAUCGGCGUUAUGAAGAGGCUGUGCAGUUGCUUCACGAAGCCCUCCGACUUGCUAUUGACAGUGGUGAACAGCUUCCUAUAAGCCGUGUAUACGAUGAGAUGGCAAACACGUACUACGAAAUGGGGUCUCUCGAUGAAGCAGAAAAGUGUUUUCGUCUUUUAAUUCAUAGGUUGAUGGACUUACACGGAAAAAAGGAGAGUUCACCAGAAUUUAUAGAAGUCAGUCUUAAACUGUCUGAUAUAUUUGCUCAAAAAGGAGAUUUAGAGGGUGCGGAAGCUGGUUAUAUGCACUGUGUUACGAGACAAACAAAGGUUUUAGAAAAGCAUCUUAGCAAGUUCUUAGUAUCUCAUGGCGCAAGAAUCGCAGGUGAGCAUCCUGUGGAAAUGCAUGGUGAAGUAUACACCGACCCCAUAGCUCUUUUUGGCAUGUGCUUAGAGCGAUAUGCGUUUUUUUUGGUGAAGUACCGUGAUUCUUCAAGGCUUGAAGAGAGCCAAGAGUGUUUUAAUGAAGCUCUAAAGGUUUCCCAUCAACUUUUUGGAUCUGUUUCUUUUCAUAUAGUAAACUUGCUUAAUAAUUAUGGGAUUGAAUUAUUGGCGGCUAAGCAAUUCGAGCUUGCAAAGAAGUAUCUGUCCCUUGGUAUUCAUAAGGUUGUCUUAGUUAACGAAUGUAGCCCGAUUAUCUCUGGAUAUUAUUGCAACUAUGCAGAAGCUCUUUUUCACUGCGGAGAAAUGUACGAAUGUUCAGAUUUUAUUAACUAA